CACCAGAUCGACUGCAGGGCCCGUCGCCAGUGGAAGCAAAGCAGAGAGAAAAUUACUUUACCAGUGCUGGUCCAACUUCAGUGCCAGAUCUGGUGGCCUUGGAGUGGCUGAAGACCACCACCCUCCACAGGCCUGCGCCCAAGCACAGCUAUCCUUUAUCUUGAGUGAGCUUCCUCAGCAUGCUAUAUCAUUGGCAGAAACUCUAGUUGGAAAGGGGGCUGACUGACUACUGUACUCUAUGUGAAAACACCAACUUGGGGCUGACUUUCAGGCAAAGCUGAGAUAAGGGCAUAUAAGGGCUUUGCUUUUAUCUUGAAACAUGAUUGGCUCUACAGCUAAAGCGAAAGGUAGAGAAGAGUCUGGAGCUUCUGUGAAACCUGGAAGCAAAAAAGGAAAAGCCAAGAGUCAGACCAAGAAAGUGGUUGAGACAGAACCAAAAGAAGAAUUGGGGAACCAGACUGAGGCUAGGAGUAAAGCAAUGGCCAGGACACAAACAGUGACUCACACUGAGCCUGAGACUGUGACAUGGAAAGUGAAAAAAAAAAAAAAAAAGAAAGAUAAGACUAGUAUUAUAGUCAAGGCUCAGACUAAGACAGAGAUCCUGAAAGAGCCUGGGUUAGUGCCUCACUCCAAGUCAGACGCUUCACCUAUGUCUGUGGUCAUUACGGUAACCAAGCCUGAAGUCAAGGUUGAUGCUGCUAUUGAGGCGUCUGGCAAGUGCUCAGCCAAGGCUAGUGAUAAGGGUAAUAUGAAGCACAAACCUGAGAUAAAGAAUGAGAUCUGUGUCAAAUCUGGGGCUGGUAGCAAAACUAGUAUUGUCAUCAACACCACUGAUGAUGAUGAAGAAUAUGUGUGCUCCUGGUUUUGGACUGGAGAAGAGCCUAGUGUAGGGUCCUGGUUCUGGCCUAAAGAUGAAUACCCUCUUCAAGUUUAUCAGCCCCCACCUAAAAUUGAGGAAGAACCUGAACCUGCAGAUACAUUCGACUUUACUUUAAAAAAAAAAGCAGCAGCAGUAUGGGCAAGGGGCAGGUUUAUUGUCCUAGUUCCAGUUGAGGAAGGUGAACGAUCUUUACCUCCAGAAGGAAACUGGACUCUGGUUGAUACCUUAAUUGAAACUCCUCUGGGUGUUCGACCAUUGACCAAGAUUCCACCUUUUGAAGUACCUUACUUCCAGACCUUAGCUGAAAUAAAAGAACAAAUUCGGGAAAGAGAAAAGUAUGGACCCAACCCAAAGACCUGUCGCUGUAAAUCGCGUACAUUUAGUUUAGAGCCUGUAGAGUUUGAUAAGCUUGUUGACCUACUUAGGUUAACUAGGGAUCCUUUUAUUCAUGAGAUAGCUACAAUGAUAACGGGCAUCAGUCCUGCUUACCCAUUACUGCAUACUCAAGAUAUCGUUCAUGAUGUUGGUAUUACUGUUAUGAUUGAAAAUUUUGUCAAUAAUCCAAAUGCUAAAAAGUACCCUCGAAAUUUAAAUGUGAGUGCCAGCUCCGAUGCUUCUGAUGAAGCAAAAGAGAAUGAAGCACAUGUAAAUAAAGUUUGUAGGGACAUACUCUGUUGUCCUUUGAACUGCUCUGUACAAGUUGAGGAACUAAAACUGUUAGCAAGCCUGAGUAUAAAAUUUGAUUACCACCACGUGAUUGUCAAUUACGUUCGCUAUUUUAUCACAUUGUUAAGCAAAGGAAGUGUCAAAAUCAAAUUUCAGAUUUUAAGGGUUAUUUUAUAUUUGUCAAAGAAUCAAGCCAAUACAAGAGAACUGAUCAGUGCUGAAGUAUUGUCGUCACUGGUUGCUCUCUUUCAUAAGAAAGAGUCAAAGGCUAAUAUUCUACAUAUCAUUGAUACAUUUGAGAAUAUAAAUUUCCAGUUCAAAAAAAGGGCAAAGCUGUUUACCAAGGAAAUGUUCACUAAAUCUGAACUUAUUUCCAUAUUCCAUGAGGCAAAAGAGUUUAACCAGAAACUCAAUGACUUAGCAGAGCACAGUGACCCUGAUGUGAGAGAUAAAGUUAUCCGAUUAAUACUCAAACUCUGAAUAGCUGUAUAUUCUCACAAAACCUUGAGCAUUUUUGUCUUUCCAAUAUAAAUCUAAUG